GUCACGUAUAUAAGACCAGGGGAUUCCCAUCCCCUACUUCUCCCUGCCCCGGAUUUGGAGAACGUUGGUUCCUAAUUUCUUACGCCGUUGACCUAUGGUGUUGCCUAUUCUAUAUCGAGUCUAGGUAAGGGGUUUUUUGCUUUUCUUGUCUCCACUGCUGGCAUCGUGUCACUGUAGGGCUGCUGGUGAUGAGAUACGUCAAUGGACCAUUGGUCUUGGCGGGGAUGGGACGGUCUUGUUUGCAGUGUGAUAUAUGUAGUCCGAUGAAAGAUGUCUGAUGUAUAUCUGUGUCUAGCUCUUUAGGUCCAUGCGAACCGAAUCCGUGUUGGGACACCCGACCAACUUCAUGAUACACCGUGGAAUCCAACGAUGAGGAUGACUGUCUGACCCGGUGGAAAACGUUUCUUUCCCAUGCAAAGCCAACACCCACCUCCGAGGCGCCCGGAUUUCUCGCGCUGGCAUGUCGACAUCGAUGCCGUGCUGAACCCCUAUCUUCCUGCACCUCCAUGGCGGUGGUUGCCUCGUCCCAUCUCCCAUUUCCUAGGAUACCGAGGCGAUCAUCCUCCCCGGGCCCUGGGGAAUAUGGUGAUCGCGUUCUGGUCCCUAAUUGGAGCGUUUUGCGGCGUGUUGGUGGUGGCCGAAGUGUCCCUGCAUGUGCCAUCCUUUCAGCAGCAUAAUGCGCCUGUCAUCAUCGCGAGUUUCGGUGCCGCAGCGGUGCUGGAGUUUUGCGCCAUCGAGUCUCCCUUCGCGCAACCACGGAAUGCCAUCUUGAGCCAGGUGUUCGCCAGUGUCAUUGGGAUCGGAAUUGGGAGGCUGUUCGCCUUGAACCCCCAAGCCCACGCUAUGCCGGAAAUAGGAGGCGCCCUGGCAUGCGCCCUGACCAUUGGGGUCAUGGUCUUCACCAACACCGUGCACCCACCGGCUGGAGCGACGGCCCUGCUAGCCGUCACCGAGGGUUACGACAUCGGGUGGUGGCUUAUUCCGCUUAUGUUGCUGGGGACCGUGUUGAUGCAGGCGGUCGCACUCGUCCUCAAUAACAUCCAACGUCGGUACCCCGUCUACUGGUGGACGCCCCAUCCGCUGUCGCCGCCGGAGAGGCACGAUCUGGACAGCAGACGCCCGAGCAAAGAGGGAGGUUCAGUACCCACGGUCUCGGAGGAUCAGCUGUUCGACGUCCCGGCGCAGAUCAUCGUCCAGGAAGGGAACGUGUACGUGCCGGACAAUGUGUGGGUGUCGGCCGAGGAGAUGGAGAUGCUGCAGCGGAUAAGUGAGCGGAUGUAAUUGCUGACGGUUUGUACGGAGUACACACUGGUCUGUACCUAGAGGUAGCUAGAGGUACCUAGACGUUUAGCCUUCGAUUACUACAUAGAUGCUAUCAUUCGCCGGCCAUUGGCCGCCUGGAAGCCUGGAGCGUCAGGCUGAAAGUCACGUGCCGCAAUAGACCAAUCAGCGAACGCCGCGCCACACAGAGGGCGACGAUGACGUAACGCAGCCAAUCAGCGGGCGACAAAGUCAUCCACCAAAGAGAUUUUCAUUGACAGAGAGGCGGGAUUACACCUCUAUCCACCUUUUUUUCCUUCUUCUUUCUCUGUUUUAUUUUAUUUUGUAAUUGGUUUAUUUGAUUAGAAUUGCUGUCUUACCGAGAUACUCUCUGCCUGAUCGUCAAGCAGUGUCUGUCAAAAGAACAAUCAAAAAC